AAUUUUAGUUAGUCGGCUCCAUUCGUCAUAACAACUUCGAGUGUUAAAAAUAAAGCUAGUCACAUGGCUCCCGAAAUCAAAUAUACCAAAGUAAGUCUUUAAGACCAUAUACCUACUUAAUUUGUUUUUAGUUUUAUCGAAUAGUAUUUAUUGCUUAAGAGCUCACGCACUCCAUUCAAUUCAAAUCAUUUUUGUAAAAAGAAUACUUUUUAAAUUGGUGUUAAGCGCUCAUCAUUAUUCCUGACAUUUUGGAUCCUUUACAGGAGCCACACACAGUAUUGUACUAUAUUUGGGGAUCAAAUACUAUAUUUCUAAAUAAUAUAUAAAGUUAAAGAAAGAAACUAUACUUACUAUAUUUUGUGUAAAUCGGACCUUUACCAGUAAAAAAAAUAUUUUUUUUUAAAUAAAUAAAUAAGGUGUAGAGCAGCAAAAAAAUAUUCAUUUAAAAAAAUGUUAUAUUUUGUUACUACUAUUUUUAGAGAUAACAACUUUGAAGAACAUACAUAUUUAAUAGAAAUAAAUUUGGUAACCCUAGUCAGGCUAGAAGCCUUGCGACCACGGAGCAUGAGGAUCCGAAACCAGACAGUCAGGAAAUAUUAAAAAAAGUUAUAAAUAGUAGCACCUGUUCAAAAAGUCAUUUAUUUAUCGAAUUGGAGUUAACAUAUUUUCCAGUGUUAUUAAUACCUAUAAAUAAAUUGUUGUAGGUAAAUACUUACUAAAUAAGUGAGCACCUUAAUUAUUUAAAUUAGUACAAUGCACGUUAUACCAACUAUUUAUAUAUAUUACCUAAUAAAAGAAAUGAUUGGAGGUUUUACAUUAAAUUUUAAGUAAAUUUACUAGAUAGUUAUUCCCAACAUUGAGGUAGAGGAACGUUUGUUUUUAUAAUUUCUAUUUAUUGGUUAGUUAUGUAGAUGUUAAUUUUGACCAAGUCUUGCAAACAUGCCGGAGGCAAAAGAAUACGUUGUCCUUGUACCCAAUAGUUCAAAUUGAAUUGUCCGUAUUAAAUAGAGUAAUUUAAGUUCAAUUGUUGUAUCAUACAUACCGACGGAUCUUAGCCGGCUUUUAGUAAGCUGUUUGUUGGGCCACAGUUAUAGAUAACAGUGUGAUAACAGUCACGCACACAUCUAUGUAGAUGUGUGUAUGACUGUAAUCUAGAAUUAUUAGCCUAUAUACCUUGUAGCUGAAAUCACGUUUACUGAGAUAACACCUACAUAUAUGUAGUUAAGAAAAUACAGACAGUGUCGUAACAUUUCGAAUGCAAUGGGAUGGGUGCCCGAAAGUCCCGAAUCAACGCAGUCAGCAAGCACCACACUACUCAAAUUGAUUUCUAUUACACAAGAGCACCUCCUGCGUUGUGCUUUAAAUUAAAUAUUAAUUGCUUAAGUAUUUUAUGACACCAAUUCCCUACUAAUUUCAUAAAGAUCGCUUAAACAGCGACGAUUGAAGGCGCUCUAAAUUUUAUUCGUACACACAUGCUAGGGAUCUUCAUCAACAAUGAAUGGGUUGGAGCCAAGAGCGGAAAGACGUUUGACACUUACAAUCCUCAUGAUGGAUCCGUCAUCGCUAAAGUAGCAGAAGGAGAUAAGGCGGACAUAGCAGCCGCAGUAGCAGCAGCAAAGGCUGCAUUCCAUCGCAACUCAGAAUGGCGUUUACUGGACGCUUCGGCACGUAGCCGCCUGCUCAACAAGUUCGCGGACCUCAUCGAGCGCGACCAGGACUACCUGUCCAGCCUCGAGACCUACAACAACGGCAUGGUCUGCAGCUUUAGCAAGUUCAUGAUCCAUGGAAUGAUCCUACCCAGCAUUAGAUAUCUCGCCAGCCUGGCUGAUAAGAUUCAAGGAGAUACUAUUCCUAUGGAUGGCGAUGUGUUCACGUACACGCUCAAGCAGCCAGUCGGUGUAUGCGGCUUGAUCUUGCCGUGGAAUGGACCGAUGGCUAUGUUCGUCAGCAAAGUCUGCACCGCUUUAGCAGCAGGUUGCACCGUGGUCGUGAAACCAGCGGAGCAGACGCCACUGACAGCGUUAGCUAUGGCGGCGCUCUUGGCGGAGGCAGGCAUCCCCAAGGGUGUGGUGAACGUGGUCCCUGGCUACGGGGAAACGGCUGGGGCAGCGCUUACCCUCCACCCUGACGUCGCCAAGAUAUCUUUUACAGGAUCCGUAGAGGUUGGCAAAAUUAUCCAACAAGCAGCUGGGGCGAACAACCUUAAACGUGUCACCUUGGAGUUAGGGGGCAAGAGCCCUCUAGUUAUUAUGGAUGACGCAGAUCUGAACCUCGCCGUACCCCUGGCGGCGCAAGGUGUAUUUUCGCACCAGGGGCAGGUGUGUGUCGCUGCGUCACGGUUGUUCGUGCAGGCCGGCAUUUACGACAAGUUCGUGCAAGCGGCCGCGCAGUACGCCAAGUCGCGCAAGCUGGGCGACCCCUACGACCCCACCACUGAGCAGGGACCACAGGUCGAUGAGGUGAUGUUGAAGAAGGUUUUGGGAUACAUUGAGCAGGGCAAGAAAGAAGGUGCAAAACUGAUGGCAGGCGGGAAACGCGUGGGCACCACCGGCUUUUAUAUUGAGCCCACCGUCUUCGCCGAUGUUAAGGAUGACAUGACUAUUGCUAAAGAAGAGAUCUUCGGGCCCGUGCAGAGUAUCCUGAAGUUCGACACGUUGGAGGAGGUGAUCGACCGCGCGAACAACACCAACUUCGGGCUGGCCGCCGGCAUCUGCACCACAAACCUCAACAACGCGCUGCAGUUCAGCAAACACGUAGAAGCUGGCAUCGUGUGGGUCAACACAUACUUGGCUUUUGGUGCGCAAGCUCCGUUUGGAGGAUUCAAGGAUUCAGGACUUGGGCGCGAAAGUGGACUGAAGUGUGUGGAAGCCUACAUGGAAGUGAAAACCGUAACUGUUGCUUUACCAAAAAAGUUAUGAAUAGUAUGCUUUUAAAAAUUAAAAUAGGGAU